UCCCUUCGCGGUGCUCCUCUUUCACAGGGCAGCGCCGGUUCCCCCUUCCUUCGCCGUCCUAAGAAUUUGCUGCAGCUCCGACAGAGUUCUUCCUCUUCCUUCCGUCCCCCCUCCUUUUUGUUCUCCUCUUCGUGCUGCAGUUCGUCUUCUCCGGGUUUCCAAGUGGUUAGCUGUUUUGCGCGGGAGCCGCUCGACGCCGGUGGAGAAGAGAGACAUGGAGGCUUCUGCUUCUAGAUCCAGCAAAGGAUUCGAUGAUGAGGACGAGGAGUCGUCGGAAUUUGGCAGGAGGGAAGGCUCCUCGCAUAGAGUAGAUUUGACCAUCAAAGUAGAUGGGAAGGGAAGUGGCACCGAUGACCUUCCCACUUCGCCAAGGUCAAAGCAUUCUGCGAUGGAGCAGCGGAGAAGAAACAAAAUUAAUGACAGAUUUCAGAUACUUUGUGAACUCAUACCACAUAGCGAUCAAAAGAGAGAUAAAGCAUCAUUCCUUUUGGAGGUCAUUGAAUACAUACAGUUUUUACAAGAGAAGGUACAAAAGUAUGAAUCAUCUUUCCCAGGAUGGAAUCAGGAGAAUCCCAAAUUAAUGCCUUGGGUAAAAGUUUAUUUCAGAUCAUUCUGGAAAAAUGCAGAGUAUUUGCAGCGUGCAUUGAAAUUCUCCUACUCACAGGUUAACCAAAUCCCUAUAGAUGGUUUACCUGAUCCGUCGCAAGUUAUUGGGAGUGGUUCUACUCAUGCAUUCUCAGAACAUUUCGAUGAAGGAGAUAUCCCUGUUACACCAACUUUGAUCCCAAAUGCACAGAACCAAAUAGAAUCAGACGCAACUGGUGGUGUACAGUACAUGAUUGAUAGUGCUACAGGUUGUGUUCCUAACAUGCCAGCUCAGGCUCAGUCACUUUGGUUAGGGUCAUCCAGCCCUGCUGAUUGUGCUGCCAGUAAUGAGAUGUUGAAUGGCCAAGACGACCUGAUAAUUGAUGAAGGCACAAUUAAUGCGUCUUCUAACUACUCUCAAAGCCUUCUGACAACUCUCUCUCAAGCAUUACAAAGCUCCGGUAUGGAUCUAUCACAAGUCAGUAUCUCCGUUCAGAUUAAUCUUGGAAAGCGUGCAUCCAACAAGCGAUCUGAUACGGCUGCUACAUUGUCCAAUUCCAAGGGUCCUGAUGAGACUGCGCUAACUAAACAAGCAGUCGCUGCCGCACCCUGCGUUGCCAGAAACAUCAGUGAGGAAUCUUCACGAGCAUCCAAGAGACUCAAAGCAGCACGCAACAGGAAAACUGGACAAUCACAAUUCAGAUGCAGCUCCAAAGAUGUCAUGAUUUCAAUCACAAUUGAUGGAGACGCUCCGAUGUCAUGAUCGCUGUACUCCUUCACACAUAUUACAAAGAUGCAUCUCCAAUUGAAUUUGCAAACCCUAAAAAAAACACAAAAAUCAUUUUGACUUUAUGCUAUAUGAAGAAAACUCGAAUCUAAAAUUCUAUU